UUUGUGGUGCAGAGAUACUUCGGGACUGGUGGUAUGGACGGACGGCGGAAAUUUUCCUCGCUGACAAUACCACGGCAUCCCGGCGCCGCCACCUGAAUGAGAACUCCAUUUCAAGUGAAUAUUCCCAGCAGCACAACUCCUUCAGGCGCUCUUUUUUUCUUUUGAAAACAGCUUCAAAAUUCUCCCAAAAGUGAAAUAACGUAAUCUAAGAUACCCCCUCUCAAGUGCAGCAGCAUUUGUUCUCCUUCUCGGCAGUCAUCACUUCUCUGGCUCACUACUAGGCCCCCGGGCACCACCGUUGUAACUUACGGCCGCCAUAUGGAAAAAAAACCCGCCAUGACGGUCGACACACCGCCGCCAUCUCUGCCGGACCUAGACCUUGAGGAUGACGCACCCGGCUAUGAGACCAUCGAGGAGCGCUGCUUCUCAGCCGCCCUCAUCUGUCUCGAGGGCCACUACACCAUUCCGCCCAUGGGGCCCCAGACCGCUGCGAGGGUCUCGUCUAUGAUCGCCAAAACCCUCGAAAAGACACACACCUUCAAGCACGUCAGGGAAACUCUCUCGCGGAACGUCGAGAUUUGGAUCUGGUUAACAAAGAUCUUCGGUGCCGCCAUCCCCAGCCUCACCACCCGCUCAGUGGGCCCGCUGUCGAGCCUCAAUGACCCCGAGAAGGGCGUCACUCCUCAAGAGAGCACAGCUCUUAUCGUGAAGAACCACCACAGUCUCAAGGAUGACCUCUCCAUUCUGAACAAACUUAUGCAUAUCGCCAGGAACUUGUUGGUAACGUCGGAACCCGAAGUGCCUCAAGACAUAUGCGCCGCUGUUCACUUUGACCAGAUGGUCUAUCAAACUAUCAUUCUCUGUGUAAACGUCACCAGUAAAGGAUACGAUGGCGAAAUCCUGGAUGAGACUUCAAGGGCCAAGCUGAACGAGAUCACUGAUAUGUACAAGAAACUCCUCGUCACAUCCCUCCAGCAAGCACACAACUGGACGGCCAAGAACGACCGCAACAAAAUGUCCUUCUGGUACGAUGUGCUCUUCGACGAAGACGCCCAGCUCGAUGACCCCCAAGAAGGCAUGGGCGACGGCUCUGGAUUCCGCGUCGACAUUGCCAAGACGGAAAUCCAGCAUUGGCUGGAGCGCAACUCGAGGAUGUGCGAGACAGCACGAAAGCUCCUCACAGAAUACUCUCAGAACAAAUCCCACAAGCCACCCGGCGUCCUCGCGCCCAUCGCGCCCCUGGCCUGGAACUGGUUUCCCGAGGGCCAGGUCAAGGUCCGCGCCGACGACUACAAAGAGGGCGAGAAGGUGAACCCCAAGUGGGAUCCCGAAAUCCAAGACAAGUUCGAGCAAGACCGCGCCUACUGCCGCGUAUCGCGGGAGAUCGACACCUGGUGGAUGCGCGCGAGGGACGCAAACUACGAAGGCUGGGCGGUUCCGAUGCCGUCCGUCGACUUUGCAAAGACGAGGACGGAGCAUUGCAAGAACAACCUCCUCAACCGCUACACGCCCGUCAUGCGCACCGAGGACCAUCACGAGGUCGUCGAGGUCGACGAUUCCGAGCAGGAACUGGGACCCGACGAGGCCGGCUCGGUGGUGGAGGCCGGGACAUUGGCGGAGGAGGAGUACGCCGAAGGCUACGACGACAUGAUGGACGACGAGGACAUUGAUGACGACGAGUCGUACGGUGAGGGGCCCUUGACGGGUCUCCUAACGGAGAUCCCCAACAUCCUCGACCCGAAGCAGAUCGAGGCCCUUCACAUGAUUGUCAAGUCGUGCAUCCUCGACUCGGCCGGCACGGGACUCACCCGCGCUGGCGAGAACCUUCAGAAGACGCGGUGCCGCAUGUUCCUCGCCCUUGACUGCGGAAAGUCCCUGCUGCGCGAGAUGCUCGUCUUCAUCGCCGUCUGGGAAAAGGACGAGCAGUCGCUCAUCUUCCAAAUCACCUCGCAGCUUAUUGAGGCCCUCCACCACUCGGCCCUCGUCCCCUACGCCUGGAACUCCCUCCGCAUCCCCAAGGACAUCAUCUCGCCCGCGCAGACCGUCCUCCUGCGCCUCGUCAACCACAUCUUCCGCAGCCGCAUCAGCAACCCGCCCCAGGACAAGAAGGACCAGGAGCGCGAUGUCAAGCUCGUCAUGUUCUUCUUCAGCUUCUUCCGCAGCCGCAUCGUCCCUGAAUGCGUUGCCCUCAUGCACCUCCAGGCCCAGAUCCGCGAGGACAACGUCGACCCGGCCGAGUUCCCCGUCGACACCUGGGACAUGGAGCGUGCCAAGGACGGCCUCGCCCAGUACCUAGACUUCCUCACCACGGCGUCCGAGAUUGCUGAGUCGAGGAAGAAGCUCAUCGAAUGGGAGGCCGUGUACGAUCUCAUCACCCUGCUCAACGGCCUCGAGGCCGGUGUACCCAAGAAACCCCUCGUCGACACCAUCCCCAGCCGCAACCGCCCCUCGGCGCCCCCUUCGGACCAGCAAUCCCAAUCCUCCCAGACGACUCCGAUCGUUGAACGCCCUUACUCCACAAGCGAAUCCCUCCCGCCGUCCCCUCCCCCUCCGUCCCUCUCCGACCCAGCCCACAAGUAUCCCUGGUCCGGCAUCAAGGGCCAGAUCUUCACCAUCCUCGCCACCCUCCUCCAACCGCCUCCCGGCCAGUCCACGCCCGGCAACCCGGACGUGCAGACGCAGAUGGUGAACCAUAACGGCAUCGUCCCACUCCUCAACUGCUGCGCCUACGACGACCACAACCCCUUCGCCAAGGAGCGGGUCACAAUCUGCCUGAAGUGGCUCCUUGACGGCUGUGAGGCCGCCAACAACUUCUUCCGCGAGCUCGUCAACCUCGGCGCCCCGCAGAACCUGCGCCCGCCGCCCGGCGGCACCACCGUCUCCACGAUCCGUGUUGACGGCAUCCAGGGCGAGGUCAAGGUGCAGGUGCGGUCCAACUCGGCGCCCGCUGGCAACGGAGAGGGGCAGGAGGGUGGCGGAAGGCAACACAUCCACGACCCGUACGGCCUGGCCGAGGGCGCGGCCAAGAUGAACAUCAGAUCCAACGCCAGCAGCGAGCCCUUUACCGACGACGACUUCAUGUGAGGGAGCGAAGAGUGGUUUUCAAAUAGCAUUUGGUUCUUGAAACGCCAAAGACGCAUUAUAUAAGUACGUUUAUGGAACACAAAGCGAGGAAGGGAUAGCAUCAGGGUAUGUAUCUAAGGAAAAGGCAAACAUCAUCCUUAGAUGUUUCAUGUUCUUUAUCCAGAAUUUAGAGUAGUAUAAACGAGCGUAAACCCUUUGAGCACCAAGAAAGAGAACGAGAAACCCAACCAGGAAUCUACAAGUUAUGAAUACAUUAAGAAACAAACCUAGGGGGGAAGACUUUAGCCACGUUUUGUGUCCUGUGUUCCAUCAAAACAAGCAUUCAACCCCCUCCCGCCAAAAGUACUAUGCCCACCACCUGCUGCUUGACCCCCUCCCCCUCCAUGGAAAGAUUUUACAAUACUAGUACCCAGACGAAACGGAAACCUCUCCUUUCCUGUUAUCGUCCUCCCCCCCCCCCCCCCCCCCCCCCCCCCCCGCCCUCCUUCUUCUUCCUCUUUUUCUUUUGGAUCUUUACCUU